CUCUAAGUUAAAUUAGAUAAAGUUGAAGUUGAAUUGAGUUUUAAAUAGUCCUUACCCAAACCCUACACACACAGCAACACACACUCUCUCUCUCUCUAAGCUGGUUGAUCAGAUCAAGGGGAUUAGUGGACUCUGUGAUUGGGUGGAUGUUAAGAUCAGGGCUUCAGGAAAGGAUCGCUAGUGGAUAAAGUAUUGGUGUAGAUCAAUUUCCUCUUACAUUUCUUAGCUGAUUACUUGCAUGGGAGCAGAGGUUUUCUUGGAUGUUGUACGAAGCCACCGCUUGUAAUAUCCGUGGAUGAGCCGUCUAAGGGACUUGAGAUUCAAGGCCAGCGCGUGAAAAGGCAUAGUUUAACAGAGGAGUUCUGGAGCCCCAGUUCGGGUGAUAUGGAUAAUAGUGGCUUUCCAUCUCAUAGAAGUGCCUCGUCAAUCAGCACCUCGAACCAAACACUUGACACUAAUGGUAGCACAGGCGGCACAAGCAACUCCUCCGAAUUCGUUAAUCAUGGGCUUCUUCUUUGGAACCAAACUAGGCAGCAGUGGGUGGGAAAUAAAGGACCCCAAAAGUCGGGACAAGAAGCACAAGAGGCGAAAUUGAGUUUCAACACGACAUAUGAGGGUUUGCUUGGGAGCAACAAGCCGUUCCCCCAACCAAUCCCGUUGACGGAAAUGGUGGAUUUCCUAGUUGAUGUGUGGGAGCAAGAUGGGCUUUAUGAUUAAUCACUUAGGUCAUGGAUUCCGAUUUCGAGUGGCGGAUAGAGCGGUCAUGUAUCGUUGCAUGAUGCCUCGUUACUAGACACUAGUACUAUGAUCUCGCAACAUCCGGGGAUAUACGAGAAGAUUAUUGCGAAAUUCCAUAAAGAUCUGGAUUUAUAAUCACGUAAUUUUCAACUUUUUCAGGAAUUUUAAUGAUAUAAAUAAUUUUUUUGGCA